UCAGCUGUUUUGGGCCGGACCUGCGUCUCUGAGGGAGAUGAUGUUGUCUCCCAUGGCCGAGAAGAACAAGCAGGCCAUCCUGGAGGUCCUGAUGGAUUAUAUGGAGACAGUUGGGGAGUCGUUUGCCCUGGAGCUGGCCUCUGGAUCCGGACAACACAUCGUUCACUUCGCCCGAGCCUUUCCUAACGUGACAUGGCAACCAUCUGACAUUAGCCAGUCUGCUCAAGAGAGUGUUGCAGCGUAUGUCGCCGCCACCAAGGUCACAAACGUGAAGGAGGUCGUGUACAUUGACGUGGCAGAGCCCUGGGAGGAGUGGGCGAAUUUGCAGCCGAAAUCCUGCGACCUGAUUGUGAACAUUAACAUGCUGCACUUGUCCAGCAGAGGAAGCGCAGAGGGGCUGUUGAGCGGAGCUUGGGUCCUUCUGAAGCCUCGUGGGAUUUUAAUCAUUUACGGUCCCUACGCCAUCAAUGGGAUCAUCAGCAACGAGACGAACGCACAACUGGACCGGCAGCUGAGACAGCGGAACCCGGAUUGGGGUCUCCCUGACAUGGAUGUCCUGAGACAGCUGGCUUACGAGAAGAGCCUGCGGCUGGAGCGGAUGGUCGAAAUGCUGGAAGACAAGUGCUUGAUUUUUAGAAAGUUUGAUGAGCAGUGAGGCCGAGCCUUUGGUCUGGGGUGGGUGCAGGGCAGGGCCGAGGAUGGUGCUGGUGAGGGAACGGCUACGAGGAAAGCAGGAGCGAAGCUUGACUCUGAGCUUUGGCACCGGAGAAAGAAGAGAAAGCCAGCGGGCAGGAUGCCUGGACAAGAAUUCUCCUACUGAAAAAUUGGCCGUUGUAUAAAUUGUCGAGUGAAAUUGUAAGAAAGGUCAUCAGAUAAAGUGUCAUUAUGGAAACCCACAUCUUUAGAUAUUAUUAUAGUAUUGUAAUUCUUGCAGUUGUCUAGCACAUGUAACAUUCGAUAGGCUUCAACCC